AUGUCGAUCCCCAAUCAAGCUCUCCAAAAGCUCGUCCAAGAGAUCGAAGCCCAGGCCAUCGCGUCCCAGCAGCAGAUCGGCCUCGUCAAGUCCCAAAUCACAUCCAAGCAGCGAGAUAUGCGCCUGCUUGAACUGACGUCGAACGAGAUUGGUCAAGUCCCCAAGGGCACGAAUGUAUACGAGGGCGUGGGCAAAAUGUUCGUCGCGACACCUAUGGAGAAGGUCAACAUGCGGUUAUCGAACGAGCAGAAGGGGCUGAAGACGGAUAUCACGAAUCUGGAGAAGAGGCUGCAUUAUUUGGAGACGACGUUCAAGAACAGUCAGAACCAGAUUGAGCAGAUAUUUCGCACUGGGGGAAGGAUAGCUGCGGGAAGGGAAGCUUUGGGAGAAGUUCUGGAGCUCGAGGCAAGAGCUGUGAUCAACUCUCAAGUUCAUAGGGAGCAGAAGGUCAGGGCUUUUAACUCAUACACCUGGGUGGCCGAGCGGUCAUGGGGUGACAGGUACGAACUCGCUGCCUGGUACUUCAAGUGCCGACAGCAACGAGCGCCUCAAGCCUCACUCCCCCCUUCGCUGGAUCCCGCUGUCCAUUUCCAAAUUGCCCAAGAAUUGCGCCCGGUAUUCAGCGAUGCAUUUCAAGCAUUUAGAUCUGCUCGUUGGCAGCAGAGCUGGCCUUUGAUGCCCAGGUCUGUCGAAGCCCUAAGUACCGCCCAAAACGGCCAAAGGUGGUGA